AUGAGCCGUCCAAUGGAAGAAGAACCAGUGGGGAAGAAUGAGGAAGAAGAAUUCAAUACUGGACCACUUUCUGUACUCAUGAUGAGUGUUAAAAAUAAUACACAGGUACUGAUAAAUUGUCGCAACAACAAAAAGCUUCUAGGUCGCGUUAGGGCAUUUGAUAGGCACUGCAACAUGGUUCUUGAAAAUGUCAGGGAAAUGUGGACUGAGGUUCCUAAGACUGGUAAAGGUAAGAAAAAAGCUCAGCCGGUGAACAAGGAUAGAUUCAUUAGCAAGAUGUUCCUUCGUGGAGAUUCUGUCAUCAUUGUUCUUAGGAACCCAAAAUAA